AUGCUCCUUCUCAAUGACACCCAGUUUCAUCCUUCCUCCUUCCUGUUGCUGGGGAUCCCAGGACUAGAGUCUUUUCAUGUCUGGAUUGGCUUUCCCUUCUGUGCCGUGUACAUUAUUGCUCUCCUAGGAAACUUCAACAUCUUAUUUGUGAUCAAAACUGAGAGCAGCUUCCAUCAACCCAUGUUCUACUUUCUGGCCAUGUUGGCUAGCAUUGACUUGAGCCUUUCAGCCGCUACCAUCCCUAAAAUGCUUGGGAUUUUCUGGGUUAAUCUCUGAGAGAUCGUCUUUGAAGAUUGCCUUUUACAAAUGUUUUUCAUCCACAAAUUCACACUUAUGGAGCCAACAGUCCUCUUAGCGAUGGCCUACAACUUCUAUGUGGCCAUCUGUAACCCACUUCGAUAUAGCACAAUCCUCACCAGCAAGGUUGUUUCUAUGAUUGGCCUUGCAGUGCUAGUGAGGGCUAUCAUCUUUGUUGUUCCAUUUGUAUUUCUAAUUUUGAGACUGCCCUUCUGUGGGCAUCACAUCAUUCCCCACACCUACUAUGAACACAUGGGUCUUGCUCGUCUGUCUUGUGCCAGUGUCAAGGCCAAUAUCAUUUAUGGUUUAUGUUCCAUAUGUAAUCUACUGUUUGACAUAACGGCUAUUGCUCUUUCUUACAUACAGAUACUACAUGUUGUGUUUCAUCUUCCUUCUCAGGAAGCCCGGAUCAAGUCCCUCAGCACUUGUGGUUCUCACGUCUGUGUCAUCCUUGCCUUCUACAUGCCAGCUCUCUUUUCCUUCAUGACACACCGUUUUGGUCGAAAUGUGCCUCGCUAUAUACAUAUACUUCUCGCCAACCUUUAUGUUGUAGUUCCGCCAAUGCUCAAUCCUGUCAUAUAUGACGUGAGAACCAAGCAGAUCUAUGACCGUGUGAAGAAAAUGUUACUGCAAGUGCAAGGAAAGGAAAAGGAAUAG